UUCUUCUUCUCAUUACGCCUCUACACUACUUCUUCGUUCCCGUUACGACACCAUCAUCUUCUGCAUCAUCUCAUAUCUCAAACAAGUUAAACCUAAAUCUUUUGCUUAUUUUUAAUUAAAAAAAAAAACCCAAAUAAUUGAUUUCUUUAGUUUAAUUUUUACUUGCAGCAGAAACAACUGGCAACACAAGUCUAAAUAGAUCAAAAGAAAAGAACAAGUCUAAAUAGAAUUUGUUUCUCUCUCUCUUAUUAUUCCUUUCACGUCAAACCAAAGAAAAACAUCAAGAAUUACAACUUAUUUUGGAUAAUCAUCAACUACCAAAAUCAUUCUUGACUGGUCCUUGAUUAUGGGUUAGUUUUUGAUUUUGAAAUCGAAUGAUAAAAACUCGAUUAUGGUUGGUGGUGGUGGUGGGUGAAGAAGAAAAGUUAUUGAAGAAUUUUUUUGAAACAUUUGGGGUUUUUUUCGGAGGAUGAGGAAAGGAAAAGGGAAUGGUACUAGAAACAAUAAUGGGUUAUUGACAAAUUCAAUAAGGAUUGUAUCAUCUUGUUUAAAAACUGUUACUACUAAUGCAACUACUGUUGCUACUACUGUUCGUUCUGCUAGUGCUUCCGUUGCUGCUUCUAUCUCCGUCUCUAAUGAAGAUCGUAAAGACCAGGUAUUAUGGGCUGGUUUCGACAAACUAGAGCUUGGUCCAUCAACCUUCAAACAUGUUCUUUUAGUUGGUUACUGCAAUGGAUUUCAAGUUCUUAAUGUUGAGGAUGCCUCUAAUGUCACUGAAUUGGUUUCAAAACGGGACGGUCGAGUUACAUUCCUACAGAUUCAGCCGAUUCCAGUAAAUUUAGGAGGACCUGAAGGUUUUGGAGCAUCACAUCCUUUGCUUUUAGUUGUUGGAGGAGAGGAAACCAACAGUUCAGGAGGGGUUCAAGGAGGGGGACAUUCAGGUGGUCCGUUUAAAGAUGGUAAUAUUGAGCCUCAAGCAGGAAACUGUGUUUCGUCUCCUACAGCUGUUCGGUUUUAUUCACUAAGGUCUCACAGUUAUGUGCAUCUCUUGCGCUUUCGGUCGGCAAUUUACAUGGUUAGAUGCAGCCCUCACAUAGUAGCUGUUGGUCUUGCAGCACAAAUUUACUGCUUCGAUGCCCUCACUCUCGAGAACAAAUUUAGUGUGCUGACCUACCCUGUGCCCCAGGUAGGAAUACAAGGAGAGCUUGGGGUCAACAUCGGGUAUGGUCCAAUGGGUGUGGGUCCUAGGUGGUUAGCUUAUGCUUCUGUCAGUCCUCUGUUGUCAAACAUGGGCCGGCUAAGUCCACAAAUCCUCACCCCUUCUCCAGGUGUUAGUCCUUCAACUUCACCCGGCAAUGGGAGCUUGAUGGCUCGUUAUGCAAUGGAAUCUAGCAAACAUUUAGCUGCUGGAUUAAUCAAUCUAGGCGAUAUGGGAUACAAGACUUUGUCUAGGUACUGUCAAGAGCUCCUUCCUGAUGGUUCAAACUCUCCUGUAUCAUCUAAUUCUAGCUGGAAAGUUGGUAGGGUUGGGUCACCAUCACAUUCUGCUGAACCUGAUAAUGCGGGGAUGGUUGUUGUGAAGGAUUUCGUCUCCAGGGCAGUUAUUUCACAGUUCAGAGCUCAUACAAUCCCAAUAUCUGCAUUGUGUUUUGAUCCAAGUGGGACUCUUCUGGUCACUGCAUCUAUACAUGGCAACAACAUAAAUAUCUUCCGAAUUAUGCCAUCCGUCAUAAAGAAUGGGGCAGGUACGACAAGCUACGAUUGGAGCAAUUCUCAUGUUCAUCUUUACAAGAUGCAUCGUGGAAUGACAACAGCUGUUAUACAAGACAUCUGCUUUAGUCAGUAUAGUCAGUGGGCAGCUAUCAUAUCGUCCAGGGGAACUUGCCAUAUCUUUGUUAUAUCUCCUUUUGGAGGUGAUACUGAUUUUCAAACACAAAGUUCUCAUAGUGAUGGGCCCAUCCUGUUACCAGGUGUAUCUUCACCAUGGUGGUCCACCUCAUCUUUCAUUCCAAAUCAACAGUCGUUUCCUCCCCCACCUCCCGUUACAUUAUCUGCGGUGAGCAGGAUAAAAGACAGUUAUUCUAAAUGGAUAAAAUCGGUUACCAACGUUGCAGCUUCUGCAACAGGAAAGACAUCUGUUCCAUCCGGUGCUAUUGCUUCGGUUUUCCACAACUCCAUACCUCGCAAUCUUCACUCUGUUCCUUCCUGGGCAAAUGCGCUGGAGCAUCUAUUGGUCUAUACUCCUUCUGGACAUCUAGUUCAACAUGAGCUUGUGCCAUCUUUGGGUACAGAGCCAAGUGACGGUGGUUUUAGAAGUGAGGCAAAUUCUCCGGUGCAACAAGAUGAAGAACUAAAGGUGAAAGGUGAACCUAUUCAGUGGUGGGAUGUUUGCCGAAAAUCAGAUUGGCCAGAAAGAGAGGAAUCUUUCUCUAAAUUUGACCGGUUUGGACAAAGUGCUGCAGAGAUUGCCAUGGAUGCUGCUGAUUCUGAGGAUAAUGAUGUAAGUUCGGUGAUAUCAAACAGUUCCACAGGUAGCAAAGAUUUAGCAAAACCCCAUGAAAGACUUCAUUGGUAUCUCUCUAAUGCGGAGGUGCAGAUAAGCUCUGGGAGGAUACCGAUAUGGCAGAAAUCUAAGAUUUCGUUCUACACGAUGUUUCCUUUGAGGGCUAGUGAGAGGAAUUUUACAGAAUAUGAUGUUGGUGGAGAGAUUGACAUCGAGAAGGUUCCUUCUCAAGAGGUUGAGAUAAGGCGAAAAGACUUACUGCCUGUCUUUGACCAUAUCCAUAGCAUCAAAUCAAAUUGGAAUGACAGGAGCUAUGUAGGUGGGCGCAUUCAAAGUUCUUCAUUUUCUGAGUCUCACAAAGUGAAAGGCAAGCUCACAGAAGAAUCUGGAGGAUACCAUUCUAAGCCAUCAUCGGUUGUGUCAGCAGAAGGCUCAAAUAGAGGGUCAUCAGUAACAUAUGGAAGUUUACUUGAUGUGGAUCAAUCGAACACAGUCAAGUCUCCUGAACAUGUUGACCUAACUAUGAAUGCGAUAGGAAAUGCAAGAAGUGGCAGUAAGAAGCUCGAUCCACUCCUAACGAACCCAAGCUUCUCUAGUAGAGAAUAUGCAUCAUCUCAAUCGGGAAGCAUUGACAAGUUUGAUUCUCAUGUAGAAGAAAGUUGUGUUGCAAAUGAUAUGUCCUCCUUAAAAAAUAACAUGUUUGGUGUCAGAGAACCUAUAGCUGAAGAAGAUGCCUUUUUAAGCACCAAUGGGAUCUCUGAAAUUUCUAGUGCGUCUAAACAGUUCUCCUCAAGUCCAACUAAUCUUUCAGAGGAAGCUGUGCCUACAAACUUGCAUGAUGAACCAGAUUUCGGGCUAUUCUUUCAGGAAGGAUACUGUAAACCCUCUGAGCUUGACGAAUCUCACGAGUUAACUGGAUCUGUUACUGAUGCAGACAGUAAUAGUAGUCACUGUGAGAGGGAGAAACCUGAAGAAGGAGACGAUGACGACCUGCUUGGGGGUAUCUUUGCCUUCAGCGAAGAAGGUUGAUCAGUACCAGUCACCCAAGGGCAUUGGAAAAGCUGAAAUGAUGCCUCCAUCUCUCUGGGGAGUCCCUUGAGAAGCUUGCCACCAGAAAAGUUUAUAUUAAAAGACUUCCUUGAUGUGAUUUUCAGUUUUCAGCUUCAAUUGAAGGGCAACUGCUGUAGAAAACCUGCCAGAGCCGUCAUUGUUUGUGGAAACAGAUUCUUGUAUUUAGACAACGCUGAAAAAAAGAAAAGGCCAUUUCCUUCUCUCUCAUAUUUCUUCUCCUGUACAUGUUGUAGAUGAAACUCAGUAAAUUAGUAGGAUGGUUUGAAUUCAAACACUCUUGGUAGAAGCAGAAUUUGACUUAAAAAAACAGGAAUUUCCUAUCAAGUCUCUGCUUGUACAGAUGAUUUCAUUGUGAUCAUCAUCUUUGCUCUUUUAUCUGUGUAACAAAUUGUAAUUCUUCAAAGAACAUAACAAAAAGAUCAAAAAAAAAUUGAUUAGAAAAAAAAAA